AGCACUCUCGCGCCAUGAGCUCGCUGGUGUGUGUCGACGACUACGAGCGCCACGCGCUGCGCAUCCUGCCGAGGAGCGUGGUGGACUUCCACCGGGGCGGCGCGGGCGAGGAACACACGCUGAGGCGCAACAGGACCGCCUUCCAGAGCUGGUACAUCCGGCCGCGUGUGAUGAGGGACGUGAGCUGCGUGGACCUCCGAGCGUCUGCGCUGGGCUGCGAGGCGUCCAUGCCGUGUGGCGUCGCCCCCACCUCCAUGCAGAGGCUCGUUCACGCAGACGGGGAGUGCGCCGCCGCUCGCGCGGCCGGCGAGGCAGGCACGGUGUUCAUCCUGAGCACGCUGUCCACCAGCAGCGUGGAGGAGGUGGCGGCCGCCGCCCCAGACACCACCAAGUGGUUCCAGCUCUACAUAUACAAGGACAGGUCUGUGACUCGGGAGCUGGUGGCACGGGCAGAGCGCGCCGGCUUCAAGGCGCUGGUGGUGACGGUGGACUCAGCCGUGUACGGGAUGCGGCGUGCCGACAUGCGCUGUGCCUUCUCCCUGCCGGCACACCUCAGGAUGGCCAACUUCAGCGAAGACAUGGCCCACACGUCGGGCGGUGAGGGACUCCUGGAUUACGUGAACAACCUGUACGACCAGGGGGUGACUUGGAAGGACAUCACGUGGCUGAGGAGCAUCACGAAGCUGCCGAUAGCAGUGAAGGGCGUGCUGACAGCCGAAGAUGCGCGGACGGCCGUGGAGGUGGGAGUGUCAGCCAUCUUCGUCUCCAACCACGGGGGCAGGCAGCUGGACACGGUACCGGCGGCCAUCGAGGCCCUGCCGGAGGUGGCGAGGGCGGUGGGCGGCCGGGCAGAGGUGUACCUGGACGGGGGCGUGCGCCAGGGCACAGACGUCUUCAAGGCCCUGGCCCUCGGGGCCCGCAUGGUGUUCCUGGGGCGCCCCGCGCUCUGGGGGCUGGCCCACAGCGGCCAGCGAGGGGUCCGGGGCGUCCUGGACAUUGUGAGGGCGGAGCUCCGCACCGUCAUGGCGCUGUCAGGUUGCACAAGUGUCAGCGACAUCACACCUGCGAUGGUUGCCCCGGCAUCCACCUAUAGCCGGUUGUAAGACAACUUGUCAUGUGAUGCUCUGUAUGUACAUAAACUGUAUACACUAAUAAUAUGUAUCUUUUUUUCCUAUAAAAUGACUUACAAGUUGCAAAUAUUUCUUUACAUUAAAUUAUAUUGUACAAAACA